CGUCCUUAAACCAAACCAGCGACUGAAAAUAGCGGUUUCUUUCUCAUUCUCACAAGAAUCAAGUGGAAGUAAGUUUGAGCCUUCUAAUUCGGUCAGACCGUCUAAACACGUAAUUGAGAUUAACAUCAUCUUGAAUAACUAAAUACACACUGGAGUUUGUGAGUAUGAUUCAGAAGAAUAAUAAUAGGAGAAAAGAACACUUAUUUUCCAUAAGUGUAAAGGAAAGAACAAGAAAACAAAUAGAAAAAAAAUAGUGAUAAAGCAGCAGGAUUGUAGUGUAUAAAAAAUCCUAAUACAGAUAUAUAUUCAAGAUAUAUUAAUACAUGCAUAAUCCAUACAUAACAUAGAUUAAAAACAGAUUAAAUGCAAUAUUUGAUUAUCUUGUUAAUCUAAGGUUCAGUAUAUUUACCAUCAACAUAUUUUUAUACAAGUACUUUGUAAACAAAGUUUACAAAGUUUACAUUACAAAGUAAAAACAAGGAUGUUGUAUCAUGAAAGUUUAUAAAAUAUUAAAUGACUGCCAUUAUUGUGACGCAAUAAAUUUAUUAUGAGAUUAAAAAUAUAAAGAAGAAUCCAAUGUUUGAGUGUUUGCUACUUUGCUGGAAUGGCUAUAAACAAAAUUUUGUACUUAGAUUUAGUACUAUCAAUAUUAACUUUUUUGUAUGUGGCAGCUGACAGUGAUGUUAAUAACACUAUGAAGUGUUCAGUUAACAAAUUUAUGCGCAAACAAGUACCAGCAGAACCUUUGAAUGGCAUGUGCAUGGGAGAUGUUGUAAUGUACUUGUCAAAAGCAUUGCAUUCUAUCGUUGACAAGGAGCUCAGUAUAUCCUCCUUCCAAGAAAUGAUUAAUGAUAUGGAAUUCACAAACAUAGCUGACAAUUUGAAUAUUCAAUUGAACCUAUUAGUGGACAAAGUCAAUAAUAAAUUAAGAUUGCUCCUUGAUAUUCUUAAACAAAGCUAUAAUAUUAUAUAUCCUAUUCUGUCAAAAACACAAGAUCAGUCUGUUUAUUUUAACCAAAUGAUAGAAUUGGAUAUCAUUCCAAAAAGAAUUCCAAAUAUAUGUAAUCAAGUAAUAACAGCACUUGCUACACAUUUAAAGGAUCAAAAAUGGAAAGAUUUACAUGUAUUACCUAUGAACCAACCAAGUGUGAUAUGUGGACCAUCUACAAUGAUUCAGAACAUUGGACCGCUUUUACUGUCUCAUUACUGUCCUCAGAAAAAUAUCAUUUUGCUUUUGGAUACAGACAUGUCUGAACCUGAUCUGUCCUUAGCUCAGUUAACAGCCAAAACUAUUAUAAAUAUGUUAUCUGAAGCAGAUAAUAUAUCUGUUGUGAGCCUUGGCAAUAGUAUUCCUGUUCUUUGUAAAGAUGGUUUAUUAAAGGCAACAGAUAUCAAUAAAUUCCAACUAGUUCGUUAUAUUGAUAGUUUAACUAAACUCGAUAUAAAUCAAACUAUGAAUGUGGACUUUAAGAAGUUAACGCAAUUUGUGAAAGAUGAAAUAAUUGUUAUACAUUUGACUAAUAAAUUAACAAAACUGCCAAAUGUGCAAAGAAUAUUUGAAAUAAUUUCAGAAAAGUUUAAAACUUAUUUUAAAUCUAUUCUUAUUCGUUCAAAGCCAUUAUCACAUACUGGAAAUAAACAGACUUUAAAUAAUGAUACUAUAAUUUUACCAACCCAAAAUGUUCUUGGAUAUGAAAUAGGAAAGUUAUUCUCUUGUUUACAAUGCUCAAAUCAGCAAAAGAAAGAUUAUUACAUAUUAGAUCCAUAUUUUGAGCCAUAUAGAAAGUCAAUGAUGCUGUCAAUCGGUCAAAUUACAAGUACCGCGAUACUCUCUUUAGAUGUAAACCUGAACGAAUUUCUUGAUGAUCUAACAUAUUUCAAUGCUGGUCCUAACGUUCACGUUAUAGUUUUUGACGGCAAAGGUGUCGUUUGGAUACAUAAAGAUUUUCCUAGGAUUGAGAAAAUAAUGGAGCAACCGCUUAAAGUAUAUUUGCAAGAUAUUGAAAAUAUAGAUAGUCAGACAGUGAUAAAAAUGAUAAGCGAUGUUCAAGGAAUUAUACACAUGAAAACAAAGCUAGGUGAACAGAAGUGGUAUAGAUGGAAACACUUGAUUUAUGAAGACUUGAUAAUAUGCAUAACAUCUAUCACUGAGGAAGGAAUAUUGCCUGUAGCAAAAAUCGUGCCCUUACUACCGAAAAACAUAUUGCAUUAUCGUCUAGAUCUUAUGAUUCAAAACGUUAUUUAUAAGGAUAUAUUUUGCAUUUACAGAAACAGGAUUCUGACAUUAUCAACUGGAGUAGUUUAUUUGUCACCAUGGUGCUUUCAGUCUCCAAUAGAGCAAUUAAAAUUGUUAGAAACUAGCUCAGCUAUGAUAAUACAAAGUUACAUGGCAUAUAUAAAAGAUUUAACAGGUCUUUUAGCCAAUCCUGGUUUAUGUCCCUCUGUGAAAUCUGAUGUAGCAAUUCUGGCACAAAUUUUAGAAAACUUUAAAGAGCAACAUAGCAAGAGUUCGAUAAAUAAGUUUGUACUCCGAAGGUAUAUUACCAGCACAAGUAGUGGUGUAUUGGAAAUCUUUCCCGGAAUGAUAUUGGAUUCUUAUUUCGAUCCCAAGAGGCGAAUAUGGUACGGAAAAGCGCUAGAAUAUCCCGACAAGAUAAUCUUAACUCCACCUUACUUAGAUGGAGCUGGAUCCGGCUAUGUGGUCACUUUAAGUCAAGCUAUUAGAUACUCAACUAAAAAUAACAAAAGUGCAGAUGACGUUAUUGCUGUCGUAUCUAUGGAUGUUACGAUGAGUUACAUCAGCAGACUAAUAUUGGAUAUGUUUUCGUUCUGUUCUGAAGCGACCGUAAGAUGUUUCUUAAUGGAUGACAAAGGUUACUUGAUAUCGCAUCCAACGUUCUUAGAAAUGACAGACAAGAUCGAGCAGCAUCAUUUAACGCACAAAGAAAUUUUAAUUGCCAAUGACAUAUUGAAUCACGAGCUAUUUGUGAAGAAACAAUUGUGCGUCAAUUAUUUGGACGGCACUUUACGUAGAUAUUAUCAGUUUAAUAUGUCACUCGAUGAAGUGCUAACUAAUAUAGCACACGGUGAACAUUGCGUUAAAUAUCAAAUAGCUGCUGUACCGGGUACAAAUGUGUUUCUUGGCAUCAUCAAUAUGACAACACAGUGUAAUCAUCUUAGAGCUUUUUGUCCAUGUAGUACGAUGGAUCAUUCGUGCUUAAAUUGUAAAAGUAUGGAACAAACUGGUUGCGAGUGUCCUUGCGAAUGCUCAUUGUAUUCUCCUACCUGUAAGCAACAGAAUAUUGAUCAUUUACAUUCUUGUCCGCCAUUAUAUGAGCAAGGAGCGAGUUCACAAAUGUCAUGGAUGCAGUCAGAAAAUUUACAAUCGUGCCCGGUUAUUGAUUGCAAAUCAUACAUGAUAGAAAGAGACUGUCUGGGCAUUGCAGACUGUCAGUGGUGUCACAUUGAUAGCGAUGGGGAAACUCGUUUGCAACAACCAUUUUGCUCUGAUUUGUCUGUAUGUUUCAGAGGAAUUUUCGGAUCUUUGACACCUUAUAGUUCUUACAAUUCACAAUCGACAAACGAGAUUACAUUGCGAGAUUGGCCGUCAGUUGGUCCAGUUGCCGGUGGUAUUCUCGCAGUAGUUCUGACUCUAGGUAUCAUUUUAUUCUGUUAUAAGCUCCGAUCAAUGCACUCAAACCUAGAACAUCAGUGUUUUCAUGUUCAUACAUCUCCUGACACGUUACGUAUGACACAUAUCGAUGGCGAUCCGGAGCCUACAGAAUCUGAUCAAAAGAAGAAUAUGGGCUGCCUCGUAAAGGAUGGUGUCGCACCCGUAUCACCAUAUAGAGUUUCCACGAACUACAGAAGACCACCUGGCGGUGACAGCGAUCACGGAUACAGCACAAUGACACCUCAUGAUGAUUUUGAGCAGCAACCAUUUGCCUCCGAGCCACUACUAGUAAUUGAUAAUAUUGAACCAGAUUUGAACAAACAAUCUAAUAUCAAAGUUCCUUGUCCUACAACGCAUUUAGAAUCACCACAUCACGUUUUAGUUCCUGUUACUGUUCAUCGUGAUAUGGAAACAAACUACUGUUAGCACAGAACUGAAUUUAUAUUGCCAUUCAAUUUUAAAGAUAACAAUAUUAAAAUAUAUUUUAGACAUAACUUUUUUUGUGACAUGUUAAAUAUUGGAUAUGAAAUUUAGAUGGCGAACACAAUAUUAUAUAUGGUUUGAAUAGAACUCUGUACUUUUCCUUGUAUUGUCAUUUUACAUAUGUAUGUUGUGUGUACAUAUAUGUGAGUCCAAUGUUAGUCUUAUCAAAAAGUAUAGAUAUCAGCAGUUCGUCUGUGUGCCUUCUUAUGUUGUUUAUCGCAACCAUUUUUUUGCUCAUAUUGGUAAUAUCCAUGAUUUUGCGUGUAUGUAAAUAUGUAUAUGUAAUAUUCAUGAGAUUUUUGCUAUACCGAGAUGAGAUAUAAGCGGAAUAUUGCAAUGUUUCGAUAUUUUUAAGAGAGAUUCAUAUAUUUUUUAUAGGAUAAUUUUAAAAAAUUUAUAUAGAAUCGCGCAAGAG